GACAUCUGGGGCAGAAAUAAGAGACCAUAAUUUCAGCAGAACGUGGGUCAUUGUGUGUAAAUGAUGUUUUAAUUGGCUGCAAAUCUGGACUGAUUCCAACCUUAUUUACCCGAAAUUGAAAGAGAAAGUCUGCGUUAUCGUACCUUUGAGAAAAGCAGGAGCGUCCGUCGUUAUCAACACCGCUCUCUGAGCCGCGGCUGUCGACUGGAUGCUGUUAGCUCUGUAGAUGGCCGAGUGAGCGACAGGGCUCAGCCGGGGCCCGCCCUUACAGAGGACGCACGUGCCCGGCCCGUGACCUGGUCCAAUAACCGGCGGCCAUUUGGGGACGACAGCGCUGCACCUGAGACUCAUUACGGAAGAUUGGUGUCUCACGAUCGAUCGGCUCAAACUGGUGCCGGUCAGCAACUGCUCCUAGAAAUGAGGCAGAGAUGAUGAACAUGUUACACGCAUCGUCCGCGUGACGUGCUCGCAUUUCAUAACCUGGUUGCCUUUGUCACGAUUAUCUAAUGUGAAUUGUGAUUAUCUAAUGUCUAAUGUUCGCUCUUUGCGAUUGCCACGCAACCGCUUGGGCCCUGGAUUGGAAUUACAUCCAGAUCCAUACAAAUUACGAUUUUGUAUGGAUCUACAAAAUCGUUUUCCUCGGUGGAGUGAGUACUCCGCACGGUUCCGUCCUAAAGAACAUCACGUGCUUUCAGAAAUUUUAGAUGAGGCGCAGCCUCGACAAAAACAGCGCUCUGCGUUUCAAGUGUCUCGAGUGCCUGAGUUAUAUGUUUGAUAUGUUGUUUAGUGUUUUUAUGUUGUUAAUUGAUAUUGUAUCUGUAAGUUGAGCUUAUUUUAUGCAAUAUCUCACACAUUUUUGAAGCGUGAGCUCAAAGAUCCGAAGCUAAAUACAGGGAGGAAGCGCUCUCAUGAAAGAAUAAAGUGAAGGCUCAUGAAAUCUGACCCAUUUCCGCUUCAUGAACUCCACGAAGGCUCUGACCAAACGCGCAUUAUGCCAAACAUCAUGAAAGUUAGUAAUAUUUUUCGACUCUGUCGGAAUGGAACUGGAGAUACCGCUUAGACGCGUACUUCUCUGAACUUGCGCAUGCUGUCACAUGACCAUGAGAUGCGGGUCAGACUCGUCUACAUUGUGUUUGCCACUUGUUUGUCGUCACCAUCCACGACACGUGGCACCGAGCACGAUGGCCUCUUUUUCACGGAUCAGUGGGAUCAUCGGACCAAGCGGGAGGACGUGCUCGUGCCGGACUGGAUUCUGGCCGAGGGCUGCCGCGUGGAGAACUGUGCCGAGCUCACGGGACGCGAGGCUCCCGAGAGCUACCGCAACUCCUCCCUGGUGCGAAUCAGCGCGCCUCUCCUGGUCACCAGUCCUCGGCCGAUGCGCGUCCGGUUUCCGGGAGGCAAAGAAGUGGCCCUCAGCUCCACCGAACUGCGCAAUCACCUGGCCAACGCGCUCUGCUGCCUCGUAAACGACGUGACUCACGUUCCCGACCGGGCGUCUCGCCUCAAGCUGAUGACCGCCUUCUAUGAGACCAUCAUCUCGUGGCUGGAAGAGCUGCUCAUACCCGCGUUGGCCACAGAGCAGUAUGUCAGCGUUGAAGAGCGCGAGGCCGUGUCGCGUCUCGCUAAGGACCUGGGCGUUCUGCAGCAGGGCCGUUACGUGCCGGCCUUCUAUCUGGACGUGACGGAGGCUCGGGAGCGAGAGGAGGAGCGUCUCCACCUGCAGACCAUCGGCCUGAUCGUGGCGUGCGCCGUCGGCAGCCUCCUGCUCACCGUGGGUCUCCUGUUCUGCGUGGUGCUGGCCCGCGGGAAGAAGAGGCUCGUGGCGCAGCAGCAGGGCGAGACUGAGCCGCUGCUGGAGAGGCUGCCGCCGACUCAGACCAGCGCCGACACCCCGCCACCGACACAGACCAGCGCCGGCGGCGAGUCGACCCCGGAGGCGUCCUCGCUCGGCCAGGCGGUGGUGUCGGCGGCCCGGCUGGACCGCGACACGCCCGACCCCUACAGCGCAGACUCGGCAUCAAUCCGUGAGAUCACAGUGACCCUAGAUGAGACGCCGGUGACCUCCGGGUCGGGUGUCACGGAGCCCUCCAGUCCUCGAUGACCGCAUCGCCACGGGAAAUGCUGCUGCGCCGGACCUCCCGUCGUCGUCUCUGAAAACGUGCGUCAUUGAGCGCGUGCCUGCGAUGUGCCAGGGUGAUAGCUCUAUAAAGGUUGAGUCGUUGGAUUGUUGCUUCGCAUGUGAUGAGGCAUGUGCCCACUUACUGAGAAAGUGUGACACUUCUGAGGUGAAUGAGGUGGAUGAAGUCGUGCCGAGGUCACUGACCUUGUUCUAGGUCGCUCAGUGAGAAUUAGCCUGACCGGAAACAUUGCGAUAAAGAAUUGCAUAAAACCGGAGUGUGCUGCUUAGUCACUUAUUUACUUCAGAAUGUUUGAUUACGGAAGAACACUACCGGGUGAAAUGUUCUGGAGUCAAAACAAAAUUGGUCGAUCGCG